GUCGAACCCCCUGGGAUGAAUUUUCCUCGGAUCUUUUCCGUUUCUUUCUGCCCGGGGGGGGUCCCUGGCAGAGGGUGGGGGUCUGGGGGGGCAAAGCCCCCCGAGCUGCCGGGCACUCCCUGCUCUUCCACCCCCCCUCCCGCAGCCUGCUGGUCUACGGGGGGCACAGACCCUCCACAGCCAGGUUCAGUGUCCGGGUGAACUCCUCGGAUCUUUUCCACCUGGAUCGGCGCCACUGGAGCUCCCUGCGCUCCCGGGGGGAAUUUGGGGGGUGGGCCCAGCAGGGACCCCGGGAACGAGCCUUCCACAGCGCCUCCCUCAUCGGGAAUUACAUGGUGGUGUUCGGUGGGAAUGUGCACACUCAUUACCACGAGGAGAAGUGUUACGAGGAGGGGCUGCACUUUUAUCACCUGGGCUGUCACCGCUGGAGCCGGGGGGAGCCCCUGGACAUCAGCCAAG